ACAAUGUACCUGUAUGUUUAUAUGUUUACUACAAAACUCUGAUAAACUCUGUGUUCAUUUGCUCCAUAUGAACCUGUUAAUUUUUUACUCACUCGGGAGCGCCCUCUGGUGGCCCUGACUAACUCGGGUGAGAUUCGGAAGUGAGUGUUCUCCUCUCUAAACGUUCUUUGGUAUGACAAUCACAGCGCAAUAUGCAAAUUAACAUGUACAUUUACACUGGACAACGUCGUCCGUUAAUCUGGGCAAAUUGAGGAACCUGGAUAAAGACGAGCUCAAACGCAGACUUGCAGGUAAGUUAUCGGUGUGUGUAAAGAUGCCCGCUGUGCCCUGCCCUGUCCGGCUGGGGAAGGUGAGACCCGGCGGGUUACCCGCUCUACUGCAUGAUGCAGCAUGUGAGAGGAAUGUGCGCAAGCUGGAGAAGCUGCUUAAAAAGGGAGUGGACGUGGACUGUGAGAAUAACCUGGGCCAGACGACGCUGUUCUGUGCCUCUCUGCUGGGCUUUACCAACGUGGUUGAGCUCCUCCUGCAGUACGGUGCCAACCCAAAUCACCGCUGUGUAGAUGGAAGUACGCCAGUCCAUGCCGGUGUGUUCUCCUGUAAGCCAUGGCUGCUGAGUGGUCUGCUAGAUGCUGGAGGGGAUUUACGCCUUCAUGAUGAUCAGGGCAGGACUCCCCGGGACUGGGCUGAGGCGGGAGCACAAGAACACUCUCCCAUGAUGCUGGAUUUUCUACAGAGCUGUGCGUCCCAUGUGUGGAGUCUGACUCAGACACACUCAACCCAAGACAGACAGACCACUGCAACAUCCUCAAAGACCCUCCUGCACUCUCCGUCUCUGCUGGAGCUCAUCAGACCCAAGGGUUCUGACCCCUUUGUUAACAAGAAACUGUCCCCUGUCUGCAACGCAGUGCCAUGUUUUGGCUUUGGAAAGUUAUGUAUAGACAAGUCCAGGCAGCAUGUAGGUGUGCUGGCAUCUGUGCCACUGAUAGCGGACUGUGAGUUGGUACAGGCAGAGGAUGAAGCACUCUACUCAUUUACCUGUGGAUGCCUCUGCUGCAUGACCAACUAUAGUUGGAAAGGAUGUCGGGUUACAGUGAAAGAGCUGCAGACAAACGCUACACAGAAACAUGCCAAGCUGGCUGGUUACCAUGAUCUGCUUAUAACAGAGCUGGAGUUCUGCAACCAACUGUUCCAUCCCCACCUGCUUCAGCUGAUGGCAGUAAGCAUUACAGCAGAUUUGCAGCAGAGCAGACUGGUUUUUGAAAGAGUGCACAUGGGAUCAUUGUAUGACAUACUGUACCACAGGCGUGCAGAGUUCCCCAUGGUAAAGGUGUGUGAACUGUUGGCAGUUGUACUGCAGGUUUGUGAGGCUCUGUUGUACCUGCAUGGCAGAGCACUGGUCCUCAGAGCUCUCUCCUCACACUCCAUCAUCAUUGUUCACCCAGGCGUCGCAAAAGUCACCGGCCUUGGCUUCAUUGUGCCCAGUGAGGGUAGCUGCCAGGGCAACAUGUCCCCCUUGCCACUUCCUGCUGCGCUAUAUAACUGGGCAGCUCCUGAGGUCAUAAGAGGAAAGAAGUGCACUAGGAAAGCUGACCUUUACAGUCUUUGUACACUCAUACAGGAGCUGUAUACAGAUGCAGUUCCGUGGCGCUGUGUGGAUCCUCGCUGGAUAAAGCAGACAGUGGACACGGGCAAGGCUCUUUCACCAGAUUCAGCCGUGCCUCAACCUUACUUCCAUUUCCUACAGAGUGGCCUGCAGCCACAGCCAAAGGACAGAACUUGCAGCCUGCAGGACCUUCGAUACACACUGCGCUGUGACCUAAAGGAGUUCAGCAAGAAAAAGUGCGGGAGUGAAGUAUGUCCACUGACAUUGGGUCUGAGCAUGCCCCAAUGGAGCGCCAACCUCAGCGUGGAUAGAAGGUCUAAAGAACCUGAAAGCAGUUCAGAAGUUGAGGAGGUCUGCAGAGACAUUUCCUACCAUAAUGUGCUUCCUAAGGAUGAGUGGAACCUCUCAUCUUACCCCUUCAUCAAAACAAACAAUUGUCUGGAUGUGGGGUCCAGCAACAGUGCUGUAAAGGAGAAUCUGGCAGUCUGUGUACCCGAUGCAGUCUCCGAGCACAUCGGCUCCAUUGUACUGAACCUCACAAUGUCUCGGGUUUCACUGCAGCAGGUGGAAUUUAGUCUGGCAAGGUUUGAGCAGAGGCUUAGAGACAGAGCAGUGUAUGAUUCACAGGACACUGAGGACGGUCUGGACGAGGUGGAUGGUGUGAGCAGAAAGAGUAAGGGGAAAGUGGUGGUCCUAAAGGCAGUGGGCCCACCCUCUACCUACAGGCCACUGCUUCAGCUGCAGGAGGGUGGAUGGUCAGCCUUGGCCCAGCAGGAGUGGGACAAUAAUGUAGAUGACGAUGUCAGCCAUUACUGUUCUGCUGUAGAGGAAAGCUUUCUUAGGCUUGAGGGAGACAGAAAUGUGGGCAGCAGCGCAGCUGAGAGGCAGCACCUGUCAGUCCUUAUCACUGAACAACCUGACAGCUCAUACAGAUCUUCAGACAGGCUUGAGACUCAGCAGGUGACCACACCCAAGACUGCUGCUCAAGUCAGGCCCGUGUGGACCAGUGAUGUAAGGGAGGCGGUGGCACAAAUGACUCUGGGCAGAAUGGGAACACCAGCAGCGCCAAUCACUAGCAGUGAGAGUGAAGACAUAGAGGAGAAGGAUCACACCCAGCUGGAACAGCAAUUAAAAAGCUUUGAUGGUGUCCAAAUAGAAAAUAAAGAGAGUGUAGAUUUCCACACCGUACUGGAGUCUGCAGAAGAACAGGAGGAAAGCAGUUUGGAGUCAGACUGUAGAGAGUCACCUGUGGAGGCUUCCAGCAUAUUCUGCACUCCAAAACUAAACUCAGCCGUCACAGACAAUUCAAAGGAGAUGUUUGAGACCAUCCUAGAUCCAGAAGUUACAAUUGAAGUGUGUCGUCCUAACACAACAGUCACUGACAACCAGGUCAUAGAGGAUAAGAAGAGUUUUAAUGGUCAUCAUCCUGAUUACCAAACUGCCCCUGAGGAGCCAGACCAGACCGGGUCCAGCACAUCAUCAAAGGGAGCUCUGUACACCGUUGGUGGGGUCAGUCUGAUGCAGGAUUUGGCUGAUCUCUCCAGUAUCACCUGUUCACCUGCACAGCAUCAGGAGUGGUCAGGGCAGAAUGGAUCUCCACCCAGCCCCCACAGAACACGCUUCCCACCAUGCAACAGCACCCCCCGGAGUCCGGUUACAUGCAGAGAUGUUGAUCGCAGCCCAUCCCCGUAUAGCCGGGAGUCUGUUCCUCUCCUGAUGCUGGACACGUCUCCGUGGGGAAGUGCUCCUGAGCAGUCUGUGUGUAGCAAAUUGUAUGCCACAGCCAACCUCGGAAACAGCAACACAAUCAGCAAAGCGACGGAGCCAUCACAGAGGGACAUUUUUCUAGAGGAGAUGGACACACCACCCACCGUCAACCAGGAGUUUACCACAGCCAGCUCUGAGAGCAGACACACAACCAUAGAGUACAGCCGCCAGGGCACAGACACACACACCGCUGCAGGUCCUGAGAAAAUGAAAGCUGUGAGUGAUGAAGAGAAUGAGAUUGAUAAAGAGCCGUAUAGCUGUGUGUCUGAACACUCUGACUCUAUCAGUACUGAUAAUUCUUUGGAUCAGCCUCCAGAUGCUGCAGUGUCUUGUCAGGUGGUAGGAAGUAAUGAAGGUUUAAUGCUGAAUAUUUGCGAAGCCUCUCAGAAUGCAGAGGUGGGCCGAUCCACCUCCGCCCCUGAGCCUUUAGAGGAAACAGAAAGAGCACACUCCACUCUGGAUGACUGUCUGCAGCACCUGCAGGAUCAGAAAAUCUGUGCAGCACUCCAACCCAUUUCUAAGACAAAGGCAUUGCAGUGUGAGGUGGACGACACGGUGUAUGUGAGAGGCUGGUGGGCAGGUCCAGGAGGAGAUAACUGAGAGAGGAAAUUGUGUAUAGGAGUGGAGGAUUGUGACCGGGUCUCCUCAGGCCAGUUAUCUGACACAGAAAAUGAAAAAGGUACAGGAGGGAAGAUCACCAGGAAUCAAUAUUAAAAUUUAAACUCAUUUGAGAACAUUGGAUCAAAGUGUUUUUGCAUGUGUUUUGACAUGUACUUGAUUGCAGAUAGUAUGAAUGCAAGCUAUUGCAGGUUUUGCCAAUUCAACUUAAUUUAAUUUGUUUGUGAGAUACUGUGUAUUAACAAAAGGUAAGUACACCCGUCACAUAUUUUAUUAUAUCUUUUUAAUGGAUAAGACACAAAUACAAUGUAAAGUAGUCAGUGUACAGCUUGUAUAAUAGUAGAAAUUUGCCCUGAAAGUACCUCACCACUCAGCCAUUAAUGGCAACAAAAGUCAGUACACCUUUUUGUUAAACUUUGACAAUAUUUACAAACAUGAGGGGUUUACUUACUUUUGAGAUACUGUAAAUUAAUUCCUGCAUUUCAGCCCUGCAACACAUUUCACGUCAACAUUUACCAUUUUGUAAUUUUGCCCU